UCAUUCAAUACGACCAAAAAGUUCGAUAACCCAACUCUCUCUCUUGUUUCUCAGUGCCAUCUUCGUAGCUCAAUGGCUUCCCUAGUCAACAUGGUUUCUGUUUCACCAAGAAUACUAUCACCCACAACCACAAGAGCCCCUUCAGUUCAAUCACGCCCUGUUCUGUCACCGUUUUCUGAUUCGUUUACCAGGAGAAGAUUAACAGUUAGAGCAGCAGAAACUGAUGCAAAUGAAGUUAAAUCUCAGGCACCGGAUAAGGCACCAGCUAAAAAUGGUUCAGCCUUCAAUCAGCUUCUUGGUAUCAAAGGAGCUUCUCAAGAAACAAAUAAAUGGAAGAUUCGUCUUCAACUCACAAAGCCUGUAACUUGGCCUCCAUUAGUUUGGGGUGUAGUUUGUGGUGCUGCUGCUUCUGGAAAUUUCGAGUGGAACUUUGAGGAUGUUGCUAAAUCAAUCAUGUGCAUGAUGAUGUCUGGCCCAUUCCUGACAGGAUAUACACAGACUCUGAAUGAUUGGUAUGACAGAGAAAUCGAUGCAAUAAAUGAACCUUAUAGACCAAUUCCUUCUGGGGCAAUAUCUGAAAAUGAGGUAAUCACACAAAUAUGGGUGCUGCUACUAGGAGGUCUUACCUUUGCUGGUAUAUUGGACAUAUGGGCAGGGCAUGAUUUCCCUAUAGUUUUUUACCUUGCUCUGGGUGGAUCCCUGCUGUCAUACAUAUAUUCUGCACCUCCUUUAAAGUUAAAACAAAAUGGAUGGAUCGGAAACUUUGCCCUUGGAGCAAGUUACAUUAGUUUGCCAUGGUGGGCUGGCCAGGCUUUGUUUGGAACUCUUACACCAGACAUAAUUGUUCUCACACUCCUAUACAGCAUAGCUGGAUUGGGAAUUGCCAUUGUCAAUGACUUCAAAAGUGUUGAAGGGGAUAGAGCUCUAGGACUUCAGUCUCUUCCAGUUGCUUUUGGUUCUGAAACAGCAAAAUGGAUAUGUGUUGGCGCAAUUGACAUUACACAAUUAUCUAUCGCUGGAUAUCUACUUGGGGCUGGCAAACCGUAUUAUGCGUUGGCUUUAGUUGGCCUAAUAGCUCCACAAGUCUUUUUUCAGUUCAAGUACUUCCUCAAGGACCCUGUGAAAUAUGAUGUUAAAUAUCAGGCUAGUGCUCAGCCAUUUCUGGUGCUCGGACUAUUAGUUACUGCUCUAGCCACUAGUCACUGAUCUCAACACAUGAACUAAAAAAAUAAAGGAUUGCCAGACAGAAGGAAAUUCUAAAAUCUAUGGCUCUGGUUAGGACAUUGAAGAUAUGGGCCAUAGUUCUGCAUACAGGGAGUUUCAUCAAGUACUUGUGUUUUUUCCCUCUAAUUUUUGUUUUUGUUCUGUCUUAUAAUUCAAGUUUUUGAUGAUUUGUAAGUUUAGCUUGAGAAGAGUUUCUCAUUAGGAAGCUAUAAAAGACAAUUGUACAAACUAAAAAAUAUUGAAAUCCCUUUUGCGGUUUUUCAUCAAUAUAGUCUACGAUUUAGCUGUGA